AUGAAGCAGAGAAAGGUCAGCAGGGAUAACAUUCCUAGCCGGAUAUUUUAUAUUGAACCCAAAAGACGAGCAGUGUGGCUCCCGAAGCAGACGAAAUCCCCCCACAAAUACUUCCCUGGUGGCAUCUCCACCAAUGACGAUGAUGAAAACCCUGAGGAAUAUCAUCAGCAGAAUUUGGAUGGCCCUCGAUUCAAGAGCAAGUUUAAUCAAAUGGUCAACUAUCCGACAGGCGGACCUCCUCCAAGACGCACUUCCUUGCAAACCGUGGCUCCCAGCCCAUUUCUCUCUCUCAGGCAAACUGCAGAAGAUAUUAGUUCGCAAAGCGGAGAUGAAGACACAAUAUGGAGAAGAAAUACCCAACUCCAGUCGGUGGUAGAAUGCCAACUUACAAAGGUCAUAGUUCCUCCCGAAGGACAUAUUCUAUACCACAGCCUUGUUAAUGGCUUUAUAUCCGUCCCUAAUGCCUGUGUAAACGCGGAGGAAGACAUAACCCAAACGCUGCAAUAUACAACCAAGAAGGAAGAUGUCUAUUUUGAACUAAGGCGACGAAAAUCAGAAAUAAGGGCUAUUAUAGCGUCACAUUGUGGUGAGGAAGAAUAUCCCGGAAAUACGGAGGAGAAACUACGAACAGAAGCAACAACUCAUAUAUGGGUUAGUGAGAAAUGCCCUGAUAUUCCUCUCCGAAAACUCUACGGAUUUGUUUUCUAG